AUGUCCAGUUGGGAUACAUUGGAUGAUCUUGUUAUUAAGAAUGAUGAUCCCAAAGUCACAAACGCUUUCAAAGAACAGGAAAUCUGUCUUGCAAAAGAUAGCGAUAAUGCUGAUCGUAAAGACGACAGAUCUAUCAUAUUAUUAAGCAAAAACGAUACUGUAUCACAAGUCCAAGAAGAAGAGAAUGGAAGUAUUGUUGUAGCCGCUGAUUUUACUGAAGAUAAUGUGGAAUUAACUGAAGUCUUGAAUAGAUUUAAAACCGAAUACGAAAAUAUAAUCUCUGAAUUUGCGGACGUGGAGAUAUUUUUAAUAUCACUGGAUGGAUUAUUAAUUGAGCUUACUGCUCAUACUUAUUUAAACUGGACGUUAGGUGGACAGACUAUCGUCAUCGCUAAACAGAUUGAAAUAAUAUUGAAACAACUCACGGAUAUUGGUGGUAAAUUCAAGCUUAUUUGGUUUACGAAUUUGGCAGUCAUGUAUGCUAAAGAUACAGUACUAAACUUUUUGCAUAGUUUCGUCGCAGCGUACUUGCUACAGAGCAAAUGGGCGUCAUUUGUCGUUAAUAUUUCCAGUCCUGCUGAUUCAGUCUGGUCAAAUUACAUACGUGAACUCACGCCAUCAUUUAUAAUAAUUGGAGUUGCUGACGUAUCUGAAAAAGUGGUUGCUGAAGAUGGAUUAGGUUUUAAAAAGAUGCUUGCUUCAAUCGCGAUUCAAACACUUGCUUUAACUACUCCUGUCGUCUAUUUAAAUGAAACUAAUCGAAACAUAGAUCUUUCUAGCUGCAAAAACAUUUCCCAUCUGUGGGCUCAGGUUAUUGGAAAUUGCAAAAAGAAUAGUAAGUUGCAAAAGGAUUGUGACCUCCUUUCGUCAGCCGUGCUUAUUUCUUCACUGAUUUGUGAAUAUCGUGGAAUGGAACGUCGGUACCUUGUAGAAAGUCCAGCAUCCAAUAAAAGCAAAGAUUUUAUCAAAUUUCAAAGAACAUUGCUAAGUUCAUGUUCUGCUUUACUUGAUUCACUUGAUCUUGAGCAUCAUUCUUUGUGCUUCUCGUUAAUUGAUCUUUGGGAUGGACUGUUAAUAAAUGGAAUAUAUAACGCGAUAAAAUCAGGUGUGAAGAUACCAUCUUGCAUCCAAAAAAAACUGGCAUCUUUGCAUCAAACGGCAUGUCUUGAAUUAUCUCUGGAAGUCGACACGGAAGAUGCUUUGUUUGGCCCUGUAGUUAAGAAAGAGUUGGACUUCAAAUGUUUUCCACUUUUACCUAUAGAUUGUGCUUUGCUAAGGAAAUAUGCUCCUGAGAUUCAAAGCAAAAUUCAGGACUAUUAUACGGAAACGGAACCGCUUACUUUCGCCAACUUUUCAAGCUGUUCACAUUGGCGUUUUGAUAUCAUUGAAGAAUCUUAUGGAAUGUCUGAGCCCCCAACUGAUGAGAUUCAUAAAUAUGUAAAUAGAAGCAGACAGAAGCUUAGUGCAUGGUACGAAUUGUUUGCUGAAUCUCUUGAGGGACGUGGCACUGGAUUAUUAGUUGACUUCACCCGCACACCACGCAGUUUCGCUGCAAGAAAUGACCAGAAUGAUAAGAAAAAGAACAAGGAAAAGCAGCAGUGGCAACAAAAAAGUAAAGGCGGUUCCAAUGUCAAAAAUGGAGGAAAAUCAAAGAAAGAGAUGAUUUUAGAAGCCAAUAAAAACAAAAAGCAUGAAAAGCUUGUAGAAGAUGAGAAACGCAUGAUUCGAUUUGCUCUGCAACAAGGGAAGAACGCAACGUUCAUUCUGGAAAGAUUGGUCGAUAAAGUCGAAUUAGAUUCAUCUAAAGCAAUAUGUGCUUAUGAACAAGUAUUACGUUUAGUCGAUAAUAUUAGCGAAUUAGAAGGACGAGAUUUUCUUGAAAAACGAAGAGUACAGGCUGUCCCCAUUAUGCACAAAUUGAAAAACCUUUUCACUGUUUAUUGGAGGCAUUUGAACGAUAAGCAAAAAGAAUAUAUCACCGACUUAUGGGAGUCUUUGGGAUUUGAGAAGAAGAAAAAACAAACUGCUUUCUCCGAAGGGAAAUUAACAUUAAACAUGAAUAUGGUUUAUUAUCAGUUAGCUUAUGCUGGUGAAGUCAUUGAUAUCCAGUCGGACCCACAAAAAGAUGACCGUGUGACUGGUUUCCUUCCAGAUGCUUGGCAGCGAGCAAUGCUGGAUGUCAUUGACAGAAAUAACUCAGUUAUUGUAAUUGCUCCAACUUCUGCGGGCAAAACUUUUGUGUCAUAUUAUUGUAUAGAACGGAUAUUGCGACAGAGUGAUGAUGAUAUGGUCGUUUAUGUUUCACCUUCGAAGGCUCUUCUUAAUCAAGUUUGUGGUUCAGUAUAUGCUAGAUUUCAUAACAAAACCUUAAGUGGUGGGAAAUCACUUUUUGGAUUUAGAACCAUGGAAUAUGAAGAAAAUCCAUGGAAUUGUCAGGUACUCAUCACUCUUCCAGAGUGUCUUGAAAUUUUGCUGUUGUCCACAAAUCCACAAUUGCAAGCAGUAGUUGCGAAGAUAAAAUAUGUCAUUUUUGAUGAAGUUCAUUGUAUUAGUGCUUCAUCGAAUGCUCAAAUAUGGGAGCAUCUUUUGCUUUUAAUAAGAUGCCCAUUUCUCGCCCUUUCGGCUACUAUCAGUAAUGCAACAGUUUUUCAUCGAUGGUUGCAGUCUGUUGAGAAAAGCAAAACUGUGGAAGGAUCACGUUUACGAAAAGUCGAACUGAUUACAUAUGGUGAAAGAUACUCCGAAUUAGAACUUUCAAUGCUGCGAAUCAGUAGUGCAGAUAAUGCUGGAAAAGAAGAUGGAAGUUCUGUGAACUCUAUGAUUGAGCAUUUUAUGCCAUAUGGAGUUUACAAACCGACAAAAUUGUCAAUGUUUGGUAUUCCAGAUGAUCAGCAAUUAACUGCAAGACAGAUUCUUGAUUUAUACUAUGCUCUUGCGGAAGUAGAUCAAGUAGUGAAAGAUGAGUUUGAACCAUGUAAAUUUUUCAACUACAAGUCCGAAGGCGAAAAGGUUUGGCUCACUCGUAAAGACAUUAGACGCUUGGAACAUGCUUUAAAAAGUCGUUUUUUGGAAUGGCUUAAAGAAAAUCCGAAAAAAGUCGAGCAUGUUUUGCAAAAGAUUCGUACAAAUGUAGCGUGUGAAUUAGAUUAUAGGAGUACUCCAUUUGACCAGCAAGCCACUGCUAUGAAAAGCAUUUCUCCCUUGAUUUUGGAGUUACGUGAUAAGAAUUUACUUCCUGCAAUCUGUUUCAAUGAAAAUCGUCGUAUAUGCGAGAAACUUGCUGUACAGCUUUGCUCCCACCUUGAAACGCUACAAAUAAACUUUGAAAUGAGCCCAGAAUACAAAAAAUACGAAAUUAAGGAUGAAGACAAGUUUAUAAAAAUGGCUAAGAGGAAACGAGAUGUUGCGACCAAAGAGAAGAAAAAAUCCAAAGCUAAAGACAAGUUUGAAAGAGCGGAAGAGGAAGAGCAGGAGAAUAACGAUCAAGAUGCUGAUGAUUAUGAUCCACUUGCAGCCAAGAAACUUCGAUUAAAUAUGAUUUUAGAAAAAUUCAAGUUACAUGUACGACCCCGUGAUGAAAUUUUAUACGAUAAAUUGACUGGAAGAAUGUUGAAAAAUAAUGGUGCGACACGUGAUGAUGUAAAAUUGUUACUAAGACUUUUUGAUCGCGGCAUUGGAUUCCAUCAUUCAGGUCUUAGAUCUGUGGAUCGCGGUGCAGUAGAAAUAUUAUUCAGGUCUGAAAUAUCGCAAGAGGUGGAAAAUCAAUUAAAAUUAUAUACUUUGUUUUCUGUACAAGUGUUACGUUUCUUAAAUUUACUGGAUGAAAAGGGAGAAUUAAAUGGAUUGGCGUCUGUUGUUUGUUCUUUGGCAGCGAAUGAACCGGGUAAUCUUAUUUUUGCCCAUCUUCUUCAAAAUGGCGUGUUUCAUAGAAUGUGUGAAGAUCAGGCUGUUUCCAGAGAGCAGAUAAAAAUUCAAUUACUUAUUAUUUUCGCGCAUUUAUUCACUAAUGUGCGUUUGCCUUUAUAUUGGAACCCAAGCGACAAAAAAUCUUAUCCAUCAAAUACUGAAUCAAAGAUUUUUUUGGAACCUGUAUCGGAUGACUGCAAACUUCACAUCGAAAAGUAUAAUAAAAAAGUAGAAAAUUUAUAUCGAGGAUUCAUGCAAAUGGCUUGUCCCAACAAUAAUUUUCAAGGCGAAGUUUUCUCGUUCAUGGGUCAUUCCGAUUCAUCGGUUUCAUUGUUUAGUUCGAACAUUGUUCAUCCAAUCCAUGAUUGUUUAUUGUUUGAUGAAGCGUUCAUUCCAGCUCGUGCAUUGCGGCCGGUUGAUCAUCGUGGUCGAGAAAUAUUUUUAAAUGCUUAUGCCAUUGAUUUCUGGCAUCUGCAGUCAUGGGAGCCAUUGGAAAAGAAUAAUGGUAUUAGUCAAAAUAAAGUUUGGUUCCUAAUUCAUGAUUUUACAGAGACGUUGAUCAAGAUAAAAAAAGCACUGCUUAUUGUUGGACGAUCUAAAGAUCCUUUUGUUUCAAUUAUGGAGGAACUUGCGAAUGAGUAUGAUAAAAAAUUCCAUGUCGCAUUUGCAAUGAAAAAAACCGAUUGA